UAUGUAAUUUUAAGCCGUAGUUUAUACUGCAUAUUAUCUUAAUAGAACAUCUUGUGGUGAUAAAAUUCUACUUAAAAAUUCCAAUUUGAUCUUAAAAAUCUGUUACUUACCAAUUAAUGUCUCUGAAAACUGGUACAUUGAAAACUUAUUAUUGUGUUAAGCAAAAGCAACAAUUGGAAGGUAAAAUUUGAUGUAAAUUUUUGAAUCCUCGUAAAUUUUUUGACUUUUUCGAUAAUCUGAUGUAUCCGCUACUAAAAGAUAAUUGAGUUCAUUGACAUUUGCAAUCAAAGUCAUCAAAAAUCACUUAAAAUUUUUAGCACGAGUUGAAAAUCACAAGGUUUUCAUUACAACGUAAAAACAUAAUAAUACCUAUUACAGAUGAUUAAAAAAGAUAAAUACCUAAAACAAUAUCUAGGUAUAAAUAUCCACAUUCAGUACACUUUAUGAGCAAAAUGUGGCAAAGCGCGUUGAUACUUUUUUUGUUGGUGCUAGAGGCACAAUGUCAAGAAGCCUUCAUUGAAAUUUUGCAAAAUUCGUCUUUGUUAAUUACGCAGAAAUGUGAAGAACAACUUGGAGAAUAUUUUGCAAAUUUUAGUAUAAAUGAGUCUUCAUGGGCACUGCAAAUGCUGGACGCUACGUCUAAAAUACCAUCAGGAAUACUCUCAUUAAAUUUUGGCGAAAUGGGCGAUUUUAAUCAAUGUAUCAAUAUUGAAACCACGACAACGAAUUCAGGUCUUAUCCUCGGUAAAUACUGCUUAGGAUUUAUUAGCAUCAACAAUGCCAAAAAUGACCACAUACUCCUAAAAACUAGCUCUCUUGGAGAUCUAGAUGGCAUUAAAAUAACACAAGUUAUGCCCAUGUGGGCACUGUGUUUGCCAAAUGGGUGCUCCACGAAUGAUACUAAUGUCAUCGGUAACGCUUUUUUUAAUUCAGUAUUUGGGCAAGAAAUUGGAAUUACUUUCACUGACUCUUUUUGCCAAACAGUAAAUGAAGUCAAACCUGAUCUAACUCCUGGUGCAGUUGUGACAAUAGUUAUUUUAGCUUUGUUGUUUAUAAUGGCUUUCGUUUCAACUAUCUGUGAUUUAUACUGCAUAUUCUAUUGCCACAAAACGUGCCCAAUGAUUUUACAAGGCUUUUCGGUCUACAGCAACAGUCAAAAAAUUUUCAAAAUGACUAUUUCCGUUUCCGAUCAACUUCCAUGCUUGAAUGGUUUAAAAUUCAUUAGCAUGAUGUGGGUUGUGGCUGGACAUCAAUAUUCAAUACCUAUGAAUGGUUCAAUUACUAACACUAAAUAUUUAAUGGAAUGGGCAAAUUCGUUAUAUAGUAUGUUCAUAGUUAGUGGGACUUUAUCAGUAGAUACUUUCUUCACAAUCGGUGGUACUUUAAUGUCGUACGGAUUCAUGAAAGCUAAACACAAUAAAAUUCCUUUUAAUUUAUUUCUGUACUAUCUUCACAGAUAUCUCAGGUUAACCGCUCCAUUUGCGUUGGUGGUACUAGUCAGUGCAACUCUUUUAAAAUAUGUAGGUUCUGGACCAAAAUGGCCUUUCCUUGAGAUGUAUUUUCAAAAAAAUUGUCAAGACUACUGGUGGUCAGCUCUUCUAUACGUCCAAAAUUAUGUCAACAUUUCCGAAAUGUGUGUUGGACAAACAUGGUAUCUUAAUAUUGACAUGCAAUUGUACAUUAUUUCACCACUGGUAUUUUUCGCGUUAUGGAAAUAUCCACGGGUUUGUUUACCUUUUCUCUCAUUAUGCGUUUUAGCAUUUAUGGGAGUAAGCUUUUUCGAAGCGUGGGAUAAUCAACUGCCCGCAAUUUUAUCAAAUAUUUAUGGUAAUUCUAAUGACUAUCAAAAUAAGUACUAUCUUUUAACCCACACGAGAUCAGGGCCAUGGGUUAUUGGAGUUAUCCUAGGCUUUUUUAUUUACAAAAUUAAACAAAACGAAAUUUGUUUAAGACUCAACAAAGUUGUGGUUUUUGUUUUAUGGGGUGUGUGCUUAGGAACAUUGUUUGCUUGUGUGUUAGGGGGGCAUAGUACCCUUCGUAAUAAGGAAUAUGACAAGUGGGGUAAUACCAUUCAUAUAGCGCUAGUACGACCAGUUUGGUCGAUUGCUAUUUCCUGGAUUAUUUUAGCUUGUACUGUCAAUUAUGGAGGACCAAUCAACUGGUUUCUUUCACUUCCUAUAUACCAAGUACUUAACCGAUUUACAUAUAGCAUAUAUUUAACACACGUGACAUUAUUAUAUGUGAUCGCAUAUGGUAAAAAAUGGCCGGAUUAUUUUAGUGACUUUAAUAUGGCAUACGAAUUUUGGGGUACUCUUUGGAUCAGUACUGGACUUGCAGUUUUAUUAGUCUUCCUGACUGAAUCCCCUAUAAUAGUUAUAGAAAAAAUCAUUUUUGGAAAUAUAGGCAAAAAGAAGAAACAACUAAAACAAGAUUUAGAAAAAGGGAUCGAUAAUGCUGCGUUUGAAAAAUAACUAUUUUUGCCUACUCAGUGGUAUAAACAAAUUGUUUGUAUUCAAAGAAUAAAAAACAC